AUGGCGCCACCGAAUGGCAGCUACUCCAUCAACACUGCACCGUCGGAUGAGAGUGAAGACAACGAGCCGCUCAUCCAAGAUGUCACAAUUCCCCCGCGGUGUUGCUCGGCUCGCUUCAACUUGGCCAUCCUGAUGUUCUUUGGUAUUGCUGUAGUCUACGGGCUGCGCGUGAACCUCAGCGUGGCCAUGGUUGCCAUGGUGAACACCAGCGAGCCGGUACCGGGGCCUAACAGGUCCGUGGUGCACACAUGUCCGCUCCCCUCUGGCUCGGAGAACACUAGCCGGACGUUUGAGCAGCCUGACGGAACACCGCAAUACCCGUGGGACGCAGAGACCCAGGGCUGGCUGCUUGGGGCCUUUUUCUUCGGCUACCUAUGUACGCAGAUCCCAGGUGGGUACCUGGCGGGACAGUACGGAGGCAGCGUCUUCCUGGGUUUGGGGGUGCUGGGCACAGCCGCCCUAACAAUCCUCACACCUCUGGCGGCAAAGUGGGGACCUGCCUGGUUGUUUGCCCUGCGAGCAUUGGAGGGGCUGGGCGAGGGUGUGACAUUUCCAGCCAUGAUGUCGAUGUGGGCACGCUGGGCUCCACCCUUGGAGCGCUCUCGUCUGAUCUCGCUCUCAGGCAACGGCGCAAAUUUUGGUGCAUUUCUAGCCAUGCCGCUCACCGGGUACAUCUGCCAAGCACUGGGAUGGCCCGCGGUCUUCUACCUCUGUGGGGGUGCCGGGUGCCUCUGGGCUGUUCUUUGGUUCCUCCUGGUGUCGGACGACCCCCGCACCCAUCGGCGAAUCAGCAAAGAGGAAAGAGAUUACAUCGUCAACUCUCUUGGGCAGCAGGGCAGCGGUCAUGGCUGGUCCGUGCCGUUGUUAAGCAUGGUAACAUCAGUGCCGCUGUGGGCCAUCAUCAUCACGCAGAUGUGCUCCAACUGGUCCUUCUACACGCAACUCACCUCCCUGCCCACCUACAUGAACAACAUGCUGCACUUUGACCUCAAAUCGAACGGCUUCCUUUCAGCCUUGCCCUACCUGGCGGCGUGGGUGUGCUCCACAUCUACUGGCUUCUUGGCAGAUCACCUCAUCGAGAGGAAAGUGUUUAGCGUCACUACCGUGCGCAAACUCUUCACGCUCACAGGCAUGCUGUUUCCUGCCAGCUUCCUCCUUGCGGUGGCGUACUCAGGCUGUAGCCACGCGCUGACCAUCAUCUUUUUCACACUCACGUCAGCCACCGGGGGCACCAGCGGAGCUGGAGUUUUCAUGAACCAGAUCGACAUUGCGCCACGGUACGCAGGGUUUCUCCUGGGAAUCACCAACACAUUCGGAACCAUCCCCGGUGUCAUUGCACCUAUUGUGACAGGAUAUUUCACUGAGGAUCACACCAUGGAUGGCUGGAGGAAAGUCUUCUGGGUUUCAGCUGGCGUAAACGUGGCCGCCGCCAUCUUCUACACGCUGUUUGGAACCGGAGAGGUCCAACCAUGGGCCAUCGCUGACGAGGAAGGCGAUACAGACGAGGACAAGAGGACCAGGUCCGUGUCCGCAUAA